CGCACCUGACGCAUGACAAAAGGCUCACGCUGGGAGCGGACAUCACCGCCCUGCGGGGCGCGGAGCGGGCUGCCGCGUGCAUGUGUCAGACGGAGCGCGUGUUGGGGGGCGCGGGUGCCUGAGCGAGCUGCAGGGGGCAUCCUAGCCUUUGCUCGUGGAGACCCCCCCCCCACCUCUCUCUAACGCACACACCCCUCCUCCUGCCAGACUCCCAGGCCAAGCAGCGUCGCCAUACGGAACAUCCUGCCCUCGACGGAGAGGGGGAGGAGAGCGAGCGAGCGAGCGAGAGAGAGAGAGAGAGAGAGAGCGCGCGCGGGGAGAGAAAGAGAGAGGGGGACGAGAUCUGGCGUCUCCCGGUAGUAAAUCUAUCAGGUCUCGGGGACUAAAACUCAGAGGAACAGAGAAGAAGGAGGAAACGUUCGGCACAGCACCUCAUCGCGUUACCGGACACCGGGACCGGCGGCGCGUGAAAAAAAAAACCGUGGAUUAAAAAGCCCGACUUAAAGGACGGAUGGUCGCGCGCACGGGCCGCGCGCUCUGAAGUUGGACAGACUACCGAGACGCCGAGAGCGGCAGCGGCAGCUUUUGUUCCCCCCUGCCUCCUCCCCGAACCCCGUGAAGGCGGCGGCGGCACCGGGAGGCUGUGCCUUCGCACCGCGACCAUGAAGCUGCCUUGGCUGUUGGCGCUCGCGGCGCUGCUUGCUCACGUUGCCACGGGACAGACGUGGUCGCCGUCCAUCGAUGACGAAGGUUCAACGAGAGACGAGUUCUACGACGACGAGGACCUCUACUCCGGCUCCGGCUCAGGAUUCCCUGAGGUCGGCGUGAGGCCGACAUCAGUGCGCGUGACCUUCACCACAGAGGAGCCGCUCCUGCUCUCCACCACGCAGGCUACAAGCCCCGCCCCCUCCGCCUCACCUGCGGCCGAGCCCAGCCCCAGCCCCGAGGACCUGGCCGCCAGCCCGCCGCCCACCGAGGCCGACGAAGUGAGCGGCGCCUUCUGGGAGAGAGAGCUGGAGAAGGACAAGGAGAGGGAGCAGGAGAGGCAGAGGGAGGCGGAGCGAGAGCAGGAGAUGGAGAGGGAGAAACAGCUGGAGAGGGAGCGCGAGAGGGAGCGCGACAGAGAGAUGGAGCGAGAGAGGCAGAGGGAGAGGGAGCGGGAGCGAGAGAGGGAGCGGGAGAGAGAGCGAGAGAAAGAGAGAGAGCGGCAGCGGGAGCGCGAGCUGGAGAGAGAGAGGGAGCUGGAGCGGAUCCGGGCCGCCGCCCAGACCACCGCGGCCCCGGGGUCGACCCCCGCGGCGACCGCCAGGCCGGCGACCCGGCCCGUGGGCAGCGCGGCGCCCUCCCGGCCCGGCGCCGGCGCCUCGGCGGCGGAGGACGAGGACGACGUGUACCUGUCGCCCGAGCCCACCGCCGUCGCCCCAGAGUUCGACGUGGACUCCACCACGGAGGAGGAGAGCACGCCGGAGGCCACCAGCGCCCCCCCCACCACCACCACCAGCCCCACCCGCGCCGCCACGGGCCGGGCCAGGCUGCCCUUCAGGCCCCGGGACUUCAUGACCACCACCACGGCCGCGCCGACGGAGAGGAGCCGCCCCCAGCCGCCCGCCACCACUCAGGAGAGCAACAACGAGGUGGGCGCCGCGGGGCCCAGCGGGGACUUCGAGAUCAGCGAGGACCGCCGCAACGGCCUGAAUCGGGAUAACAGUCGAGAGGGCGGCGAUGCUGAUCUGAUGGGCAACACGGUGGACGGGGGGAGCUCCGCUGCCCAGCUGCCCCAGAAGAACAUCCUGGAGAGAAAGGAGGUCCUGAUAGCUGUGAUCGUGGGCGGCGUGGUGGGCGCCCUGUUCGCCGCCUUCCUGGUGAUGCUGCUCGUGUACCGGAUGAAGAAGAAGGACGAGGGCAGCUACACGCUGGAGGAGCCCAAGCAGGCCACCGUCACCUACCAGAAGCCCGACAAGCAGGAGGAGUUUUAUGCAUAAACGCUCGGCGCCGGACGGACGCGCCGCGCGCAGGGGGCGGGAGCAGGCGCGAGCGAGAGAAGGGAGAAAGACACUCUGAGCCCCCGUCCCGUCGUCCUCCCCAUGUUCUUCGUCACCGGCCCCCUCAUCUGCUCGCCUCUCCUCUUGUCUCCGAAACACUCGGGAGCUCCUUUCUUUCCUCUGCGGACUCUGAACUUUCUUUUCGAUGAAAACUAGGGAAAAAAAAAAGAGGACAAAAAAAGAAAAAAAAACCAAAUAUAUUCUGAAAAAAUAACACAUACACACAAGAUGUUUUUAAAGUAAAUGUUGUUAUUAAUAUUCUACAGAUUCUCUUGUUCUGUAUGUAAUGAUAUGAUUAUUUUGUAAAAAAAAAAACUAAAAAAAGAAACCCAACGAGACGCGCGAGUUCGUCAACUCGCGUUUUCCAGCACAAAAAAAAAAAUCCUCUUCUGUUUUUAUGGAGCAAUUGAAAAGGCUAAAAAGAGUGAGAAGAGGGUGGAGCAGCUGAGUGAGACAAAAGAAAAAGAGCAGUGGGCCCAACUCUGCACCUCAUGCCCCCCCAUAAAACACACAGAGCGUCUGGCUGGCCGCACAGAGCCCGGGGUCAAAGGUGAGAGGAAAGGUCUCUUUUGUGCCUUCCACCCUUUUGGUGCUCAAUGACUCACACACACACACACACACACACACACACACACACACACACACACACACACACACACACACACACACACACACACACGGUCAUGCAUACACAAAUGCUGUCGGGGCUUGAAGGUGGCUCUGACCUCGUCCUCUGUGCUCGCCGACCAGAACCCGGUGCUCACCCUCGGCGUGUUCCACCGCGCUGAGGAGCGUCUGUGGGAAAUGGGCCGGUGGCGUCAGGCCUCGCCGACGGCCCGUCUGCUCCUCUAAGCUGUACAAAGACUAGUUACGAUAGUAAUAAUAAUCAAUAAUAUAUCAAUGUUUUGGGCUGGAUGGUGAAAAAUAAUAAUAAUACCAUAAUGAUAAUAAUAAUGAUAAUAAUGCUUAAACAGGAGGAUGUGUAUUUAGCAGUUUAAAAAUAUAUGUAAAUAUCAGUGUAUCCUUUCUGGCAUCACUAACCAUCUGCAUGAUCAUGAAGAGUUUUUAUUCAUCACAUCUGUCAUCACUUUAGAUGAGCUGUGCUCUCGUCAACCAAAUGCACACACACACGCAUACACACACGCGCACACACAUACACACACACCUCACUCACUUUAAAUCUAUUAUAAAUCAUAUCAUUCAACCUGUUCACCCUCCAUCUUUGUCAUUGUGAUAGUCGCCACCUGUGGCACGCGUCAGAUCCUCCAUGUUCUUGAUUAGUCGCCGGUUGUUGGUUUGGAAUUGGGUCUGUUUGUGUAAAAGCACAACUGCGCCUCCAGUCAUGGCAUCAUGCACUGUCGCCCAGCCCACCUGCAUGUCUGGCUUUCUUUAUCUUCCCACCACUGGCUCUCUGCUCGAGGACGGGCCUCUGGGAGCUGCGAUGGUGUCGUCCACACAUGCACUGUGUCAGUGGGAAUCAUGUGAUCCUGGUCAUUGUUUGUGGGAAACAAAACACUCUUUGGGGUUGUGUUUGCGGGGUCAACUUGAACCUGUGGGACCAUGGUGGGGAGGGGGCAGGGUAGCGGGUUUAGGACUGGCAGCGUGAGGAGACAGGAGGGCUGUGCUUCUAUCUAAGAGAUUGUAACAAUAACCACACCAGUGUGACUGGGCUAGUAGCUUCUAUUAUACUCAGUACUGUAGAACAAAAAUGCAUGAGUCAAAACUAUACGUGUGUGUGCGUGUGUGUGCGUCUGAAAGGACAGAGGGAUGAGUUGAAGGAGGAAUGUACUGUGGUCGAGUGUGUGUUUACCUACUCCAGCUCUUCUCAUGCUCUUCCACAGACAGGUAACACAUCUCUUCCACUCUUUGAGUGUGUACAUCGCCUGCCCCUUCAUCUGUGUGUGUCUGUGUGUGUGUGUGUGUGUGUGUACGCCUCAUCUAGAUCCGCCACCUUUGUGUGUGUGUGUGCUUCACCUUGGUAUUUCACGGCAGACUCUUGUGUACACUGACUAGCCUGUGUGUGUGUGUGUGUGUGUGUGUGUGUGUGUGUGUGUGUGUGUGUGUGUGUGUGUGUGUGUGUGUGUGUGUGUGUGUGUGUGUGUGUGUGUGUUUAGUCUGCUCACUGCUGAAUGUGGGGCAGCUGGUCCCUCACAGUGGCUUUCACACACAUUGACUGUGUCUUUCCACUGUCUGUCUGCACGCCUGUCUGUCUCUCUGCCACAGGACAGACGGACAGACAACAUGCCACUUUUUCACAGGCAGGAAUGAUCUUAACACGUACUGUCUUUUCUAGAUUGAGUGUCAAAGCGUAAACGUGUGUUUGUACCCAUUUAAGCCUGCGUAGCCAAAUAAGACGCGUGUGUCAGAGAGAAAAAGAAAGAGAGGGUGUGUGUGUGUGUGUGUGUGUGUGUGUGUGUGUGUGUGUGUGUGUGUGUGUGUGUCCGUGUGUGUGUGGAGCCUAAUGGAGGCUACACGACUCUAUGUUUGCUGUUCCCAUUCCUGUUUUUAUACAUUUGCAUUUUUUUAAGGCUGAGUUUCUGUCAUUGGCUGAGUGAGCGAGAGGAAGUGGAUCCUCCACGCCACGGCCCUGUCACUAAUCUGCCACUCUGUUCCAAAUAAAAAACCUAAUUGGGUAAAACUGU